GGUCAAUACUGAAGAGCUCCAUAAAUUACUCAUUCAAGAACACCCAUUUGAUCUCUCUCUCUCUCUCUCUCUCUCUCUCUCUCUCUCUCUCCAUGGAUUCAUUUGCAUGGGCGUCGGUGUCUCAGGCUGCGGGGCUAGCCGGCGGCAGCGCCGUCGUCUCCGACGGGAGAAGCGGGGGACUCUUGCCGCCGCCGAUGCUCGGGCUCCAGCUCCCGUCACCGGCCGCUCUCGAGCACUUCAUGGACCCCGGCCUAGUCCAGCUGGCCAUGCGCUCCUCGUACAUCACCUCCGAGGAACACCCACUGCAAGCCACCACCGGCAGUGGCAACGGCGAGCCGGGGUUUGGCGGCGGCGGCGACGCGCCGAGCGCCGAGGCCUGCUCGUCCAGGGUACCGGAGCCGGACUCCAACUCCAACAAAAGGAAGCGAUCGAACGAGUCGCAGGACGUUCUUGGGAUGAUUGGGACGGAUCAAGAUCAAGGGAUGCCGUCCGUGGAUUCUUCCAAGGAGCGUGGCGAGGACGACGCCAAAGGCAAGGAGGAGACGCCGCCGGCGACGCGCAAGAAGAAAGGGAAGGGAGCUUCGGCCGCCGACGGCGAGUCGGAGUCGUACAUCCAUGUCAGGGCCCGGAAGGGGCAGGCAACCAACAGGCAUAGCCUCGCAGAGAGGCUGAGAAGGGAGAAGAUCAGUGAGAGGAUGAAGCUUCUGCAAGACCUUGUUCCUGGUUGCACUAAAGUAACUGGGAAGGCGGUGAUGCUGGACGAGAUCAUCAAUUAUGUCCAGUCCCUGCAAAGGCAAGUGGAGUUCUUAUCCAUGAAGCUUGCUGCGGUCAAUCCACAGCUCGGCCUCAACAUAAAACAGCUUCUGUCGAAAGAUCUUUUUCGCGCCCCCAGUGGUCCUUCAAGCUCAUCUGCUCACCUGGGAUUCUCGUUCUCCCACGAAAUGAUGCCCAUACUACCACCAAUGUCACGGUCGGGUGUGCUCCCAGGAGGCGUUCAUGGCUUGGCCAAUUCAGAUGGGUUCAGAACAGCCAUGGAGGAGCAACUAAACGGCAAAGACUCCAUCGCAGAUCAUGUCUCUCAGUCUCAGCCUCUCCAGCAGAUGCCUCUCACCUUGGAUGGAUCGUUCCACCACAAUGCAGCGCAAACAGCGGUUUACGGGGCGACUGUCGGUCCAGAGCAUCUGGGCAUGAGGUCUGAUCAGGAUCGGUUUCAUAUGUGAAGUUCCGCACAAGCUCUAGCAGUCCACCUCCAUGGAGGAUCAGAAUUGCUUUCUGGUCACCUGACAUGUGCCGUGGAGUAGAGAGUAGAGAGGGCCAAGGCACAUAACUAGCAUUUGUGCCAGACGUGAAGUUACUGCAUAGUGCAGAGGCAGGACAAGCUUGAUUCCUCCAUGAAAGGUUACCAUUGCUUCAUGGUUGUAAUCAGAACUGAAAGUUCAUCGCCGGAAGUAGGGAUCUGCUGCAGCUAUGAAUUUAUGAUGAUGUUGGAAUGGGUGGAGUGUGAAGUGAAUUUGUGUUCCUGAAGAGAAACACCUGAAAAUAGACAGUUAGACACAGGUUGCUGCACAGCGUAUUUGUUUGUGUUGUUAGUUAAUAUAUAGCUAGUUAGCGAGCAGCACUAAAAACAUAUAUAUGUUCAGAUUAAACUCUCAGCUUUUACUCGGUUCUUUUUUUACUUCUUGUUAUUCCGUUUUUUUCACCACAGCUCAUCUUUGUAGAUUUCUCAUCAUUAUUUUCAUUGUAGGCUUUGCUAUUUCAUGGAUACCUUUUUAGAUCAGUUUGUUGUGCGAGUAUUGAUGAUUUUGAAUGCUCUCUGAUCGUAACA